AUACACGGACAAUCAUCCACUGUCAACAAACUUCUAAGACUACAAUCAUCUUUAGUAACUUCAGAAAAAAGACUGCCUUAUAAACUAUAUAUAAGUGGAGAGGGUUGGUUCCAAUAGUUGUAUUCUCACCUUUAAGACUUUUCUUUUUCUCAUAUUGCUAAGUUUCUCAUCAGUACCUUCUAGAAGAGGCAGGCGAGGGAAUAGAAAGGGGGUAAUAAUGGCAGAUAAAGAUGAAGUUCUGGAGGCUCUCAAAAAGGAGGCCGUUGAUUUGGAAAGUAUACCACUAGAGGAGGUAUUCCAGAAUCUGAGGUGCAACAGAGAGGGGCUUACUUCCCAAGAUGCUCGGAGGAGACUUGAAAUAUUUGGUUAUAAUAAGCUUGAGGAGAAGCAUGAAAGUAAAUUCCUGAAAUUUCUAGGAUUUAUGUGGAAUCCACUUUCAUGGGUGAUGGAAGCUGCAGCAAUUAUGGCCAUUGCUCUUGCCAAUGGAGGAGGGAAGCCACCUGAUUGGCAAGAUUUUGUUGGGAUUAUUGCCCUUCUUUUUAUUAAUUCAACGAUAAGCUUCAUAGAGGAAAAUAAUGCUGGUAAUGCUGCUGCUGCUCUCAUGGCCCGUCUUGCUCCCAAAGCAAAGGUUCUUCGAGAUGGAAAAUGGGUUGAGGAAGAUGCUGCUGUCCUUGUUCCAGGUGACAUAAUCAGCAUAAAACUUGGGGAUAUUGUCCCUGCUGAUGCACGUCUCCUUGAUGGCGAUCCAUUGAAAAUAGACCAGUCGGCUCUAACAGGGGAGUCUCUUCCAGUAACAAAAAACCCUGGAGAUGAAGUUUUUUCAGGGUCUACAUGCAAACAAGGUGAGAUUGAGGCAGUGGUCAUUGCCACAGGUGUCCAUACAUUCUUUGGAAAGGCUGCCCACCUUGUGGAUUCCACUAAUCAAGUGGGACAUUUUCAGAAGGUCUUGACUGCAAUAGGGAACUUCUGUAUUUGUUCCAUUGCCGUGGGCAUGAUCAUCGAAAUCAUUGUCAUGUAUCCCAUUCAAAACCGGGACUACCGUCCAGGAAUUGACAACUUGCUUGUUCUUCUGAUCGGAGGCAUUCCAAUUGCGAUGCCAACAGUUUUAUCUGUAACGAUGGCAAUUGGCUCCCACCGUUUAUCUCAGCAGGGUGCCAUCACUAAAAGGAUGACUGCCAUUGAGGAAAUGGCAGGCAUGGACGUGCUGUGCAGUGAUAAAACCGGAACCUUAACAUUAAACAAAUUAACUGUCGACAAAAAUCUGAUUGAGGUCUUUGCAAAAGGAGUAGAUGUUGAUUCCGUGGUCCUAAUGGCUGCCAGAGCUUCACGGGUGGAAAACCAAGACGCAAUUGAUGCUGCCAUUGUGGGGAUGUUGGCUGAUCCUAAAGAGGCAAGAGCUGGAAUUCAAGAGGUUCAUUUCCUUCCGUUCAAUCCAACUGAUAAGCGCACAGCUCUAACAUAUCUUGACAAUGAAGGCAAAAUGCAUCGAGUCAGUAAAGGUGCACCUGAACAGAUUUUGAACCUUGCACACAAUAAAUCCGACAUACAGCACAAGGUUCAUUCUAUCAUCGAUAAAUUUGCUGAGCGAGGAUUGCGUUCUCUUGCAGUAGCAUAUCAGGAAGUUCCUGAAGGAAGAAAGGAGUCUCCAGGAGGUCCAUGGCAAUUUAUUGGUCUCAUGCCUCUUUUUGAUCCACCAAGGCAUGACAGUGCAGAGACAAUUAGAAGGGCCUUAAAUCUUGGGGUGAAUGUGAAAAUGAUCACUGGUGAUCAACUAGCGAUUGGAAAGGAGACGGGACGCCGUUUAGGAAUGGGAAACAAUAUGUAUCCUUCUGCUUCUUUACUGGGCCAGGACAGGGAUGAGUCUAUUGUAGCUAUACCUGUUGAUGAGCUCAUCGAAAAAGCAGAUGGUUUUGCUGGUGUUUUUCCUGAGCACAAAUAUGAAAUUGUGAGACGUUUACAAGAAAAAAAGCACAUAUGUGGCAUGACUGGUGACGGCGUGAAUGAUGCACCUGCUUUAAAGAAAGCUGACAUUGGAAUAGCUGUUGCAGAUGCAACAGAUGCUGCGCGCAGUGCUUCUGAUAUAGUCCUCACAGAACCUGGACUGAGUGUCAUUAUUAGUGCUGUAUUAACUAGUCGUGCGAUCUUUCAGAGAAUGAAAAACUACACGAUUUAUGCAGUCUCCAUUACUAUCCGUGUAGUGUUUGGCUUUAUGUUACUUGCUUUGAUUUGGAAAUUUGAUUUCCCACCUUUCAUGGUCUUGAUUAUUGCAAUCCUUAAUGAUGGCACCAUAAUGACAAUAUCGAAGGACAGGGUUAAACCUUCUCCUUUGCCAGACAGCUGGAAACUUUCAGAAAUUUUUGCAACCGGAAUUGUUCUUGGUGGUUAUCUAGCAAUGAUGACAGUCAUUUUUUUUUGGGCUGCAUAUGAAACGGACUUUUUUCCGCGUGUUUUUGGAGUUGCAACACUGGAGAAAGGUGUUGCUCGUGACGACUUCCGAAAGCUCGCAUCAGCAAUAUAUCUACAAGUGAGUACCAUCAGUCAGGCACUAAUCUUUGUGACACGAGCUAGAAGUUGGUCAUUUUUUGAGCGUCCAGGCCUUUUGCUUGUGGCAGCAUUUCUUCUUGCCCAACUGGUCGCUACUCUUAUCGCUGUGUAUGCAAAUUGGAGUUUUGCAGCAAUUGAAGGGAUUGGAUGGGGAUGGGCUGGAGUGAUUUGGCUGUAUAACCUUGUGUUUUACAUUCCACUCGAUUUUAUAAAGUUCUCCAUCAGAUAUGCAUUGAGUGGGAAGGCCUGGGAUCUACUUUUCGAGCAAAGGAUUGCAUUUACAAAGAAAAAGAACUUUGGGAAAGAAGAACGCGAGCUCAAAUGGGCACAGGCUCAGAGGACCCUUCACGGGCUGCAUCCACCUGAGACUGAUUAUGGGGACCGCAACAGUUAUGCUGAUCUCAACCAAAUAGCAGAUGAGGCAAGACGAAGAGCUGAGAUGGCAAGGCUUAGGGAAUUACGCACUCUGAAAGGGCAUGUUGAAUCAGUUGUGAAACUGAAGAAUCUUGACAUUGAAACAAUACAACAAUCAUACACAGUUUGAGAGGAUGAUGAGAUAUUACAUCCAUGUGUAUAAACUUUUUCAGGUAUAAAAGUCUGCAACUCGGAUAGAGGUUUAUCUUGAUGAUGAGAUUUCAGGGUUAGAGCAAAAAUAACGUCAUAAGUUCUAAAAUAAAGUUUGAUUUUUUCUCUUCCUGGAAGUAAUAUGUGUGAUGGAGUGUCUUCAUGUAAAAUAUGUGUUGUGUAUGUUUGGGGACUCAAAUUUACAAACUUCUCACUUGUUUUAAAUAACGAUGGUGUUUGCGUAAGUUUGUGUGCACCGACUAUUGCAGCAAAUAUCUUCCAUCAGUACAUGUACCAUGUAAUCCACGAAGGUUUAAGCAGAUGGAAAGAAAUUACAUGGUAGUACUUUUUACCUUUUGUGACAUUCUUUUUUUCCCUCACCCUACAACUUCUCCAUCGGUUUAAAAUCUAAAUGCUCAUGACGAAACUUAAAAAGGUGGCUAAAGAGGAAUUGACUUGCAUUAGAGUAUUCAAAAACUGUGGUAAUUAAACCACUAGGAAGGCAGUGGAACCAAUUUUUGAGUACUAAAAUUUCCAUAAUUUUUUAGUAGUAAAUUGCUUCAGUGGAGCAACAAAGUUACUACUUAAACAGGAAAUAAUUUGACAGACAACUAAUAAGUUAACGAGCCAAAACAAAUCAUCGAACGAGAGCAAAAGCUAUUAUAAUUGUUUAUCAUCUUGAAUAGAUCUGUUAUUUCUUGGAAUAUCUCUUCUGAUUCCAAAUCAUACUGUAACGUGUAUCUCCCCCUAUUUCGGUAAUGGAAAAGAUGAAAUAAAUCAAAAAAUAGAUUUUUGUCCAAGAAUUGUUUGAACUCAAAUUACAUUUGAAAAUCGAGUAACGUACGGAGAAAUCAUAGUGUAACGUGUAUCUCCCCUGUUUCUGUCACGGAACAGAUGAAAUAAAUCAAAAAAUAGUUUUUUGUUCAAGAAUUGUUCUAAAACACAAGGGGGGUGGGGGUGGGAAGAAAUGUGACUCUUUUUAUUUUUCUUUAGUCGACUGAUAGUUAUAGCAGAGUCGACUUCCCUGUGUGUCUAAAGAGCUUGAUUAGUAAGCAGAUCAAGAUAAAUAAAGUAAUGUAGAAAUGAAAUGUCACAGAUAUUUUUA